UCUCCCUCCUCUGUUCUAAUCUGCCCCCCUCCCCUCCCCUCCCUCCCAAUCCAACCCACCAAUCCUCGUUGACUCGCCAACCAAUUCCAGACGCGUGACGCUGAUGGACGCUUCUCCCACCGCAGCUGCCCGCCGCGCGGCGGCGAUCGCCCGCCACCUCGCUGGCCUCCCCCCCGGUGCCGCCGCCGCCGUGGCGGGGCUGCACUUCUCCCCGUGCCUGAGCUACGCGCCCCCGGAAUCGUCCGAGGCCCCGCCGGCGUUCGCGCCGAUGGAGCUCCGCGCGCUCCUCGACGGGCACCACCUGAGGGAGCGCGACUGGGCGUACGGCGCGAUGGAGGAGAGCCCGCUCUUCUGCCCCCGCCGCGCCGGCGACAAGGUGUUCGUGUCGCCGGACUACAACGAGGGGAAGGAGGGGCAGAGGGAGGCCACCAUGCGACGGAUCGGGUACCUCGCGCGCAGGGGCGUGUUCCGUGGCUGGCUCACGGAGCCAGGGCCCGACGCCGAGCUUCGCAAGCUCGCGCUGCUCGAGUGCCUCGGCGUCUACGACCACUCCCUCGCCAUCAAGGUCGGCGUCCACUUCUUCCUCUGGGGAGGUGCUGUCAAGUUUCUUGGAACGAAGCGCCAUCAUGACAAAUGGUUGUUGGACACAGAAAACUAUAUUAUCAAAGGUUGUUUUGCAAUGACAGAAUUGGGUCAUGGGAGCAAUGUACGAGGAAUUGAGACAGUAGCAACUUAUGAUUCCAAAACAGGAGAGUUUGUGAUAAAUACUCCCUGUGAGUCAGCUCAGAAGUACUGGAUUGGUGGAGCUGCUAAUCAUGCUACACAUACAAUCGUCUUUGCUCAGCUCCAUAUAAAUGGAAGAAAUGAAGGAGUCCAUGCUUUCAUAGCUCAGAUCAGGGAUCAAGAUGAAAAUGUGUUGCCUAAUAUCCAUAUAGCUGACUGUGGCCAUAAGAUUGGACUAAAUGGUGUUGAUAAUGGUCGGAUUUGGUUUAACAAUAUACGUGUUCCUCGAGAGAAUUUGCUGAAUCUGGUUGCUGAUGUUUUGCCAGAUGGGAAAUAUGUUAGCAUGAUAGAUAACCCAGAUCAGAGGUUUGCAGCAUUUUUGUCUCCUCUUACUCUUGGUCGGGUAAAUAUUGCAGUUAACGCGGUUUAUAUUUCAAAGGUAGGCCUAGCAAUUGCCGUGAGGUAUGCUUUGUCAAGGAGGGCAUUUUCAAUUACACCAGAUGGUCCUGAAAUGCUGUUACUUGAUUAUCCCAGUCACCAGAGGCGCCUCCUACCUUUACUCGCAAAAGUAUGUAUGAUGAGCAGUGCUAGUAAUUUUAUGAAAAAUAUGUAUGUGAAAAGAACACCUGAAAUUAGUAAAGCGAUACAUGUUUACUCUAGUGCUCUGAAAGCUACAUUGACCUGGCAGAAUAUGACCACGCUUCAGGAGUGUCGUGAGGCCUGUGGUGGCCAAGGUUUAAAGACCGAGAAUCGCGUUGGAAUUUUUAAAGCCGAAUUUGAUGUUCAAUCUACAUUUGAGGGUGACAAUAAUGUUCUACUCCAGCAGGUAAGCAAAGCCCUGUAUGCCGAAUUUUUAACGACACAAAGGAAGAAGAAGCCAUUCAAGGGAUUGGGAUUGGAACAUCUGAAUGGUCCUUGCCCAGUUGUUCCCCGUAGUCUGACAAGUGACAUAUUAAGGAGCUCCAAGUUCCAGAUGGAUUUGUUCUGCUUGAGGGAGCGGGAUUUGCUGAAACAGUUCACAGACGAGGUAUCUCGCUAUCUGGCACAAGGGGAAAGCAGAGAAAAGGCUCUGAUGCUGAGCUACCAAAUUGCUGAAGACUUAGCUAGAGCAUUUACCGAGCGCACAAUUUUGCAAAUAUUUUUGGAGGACGAGAUGAAUGCUCCUGCUGGUUCUUUAAAGGAUGUAUUGGGCUUACUGAGGUCUAUGUAUGUUAUGGUGUGCAUAGAUGAAUCUGCAUCUUUUCUGAGAUAUGGUUAUUUGUCGCGGGACAAUGUAGUCACCGUGAGGAAAGAAGUCAUGAUACUGUGCAGUGAACUCAGGCCCCAUGCGCUUGCUAUUGUCGGUUCUUUCGGAAUCCCUGAUGCUUUCCUCAGUCCACUUGCUUUCGACUGGAUCGAAGCAAAUGCUCUAUCUUCCGGGAGCGAAUGACUAUACACCUUCAGACACCGAUGAGGACGUAGCCCCUUAAAUGUGAAACUAUUACAGAUGGGGCAGCCAAAUACAGGUGCAUUUGUUGCUUCCUGUCGUUUGCACGGUUUACAAUAAUCAUUGUUGAAGUGUACAGUCGAAGAUGCUGAUCUGCGCAGAAAAUAGGGAAUUUGAUGCAUGCUGAAUUCAUGGACUGUCUUCUCUAAAUUACGCCUAUAAAACUGAAUAAGCUGAUAUGGACCAACAGGUGUUCACAACGUAAAUAAUGUAUACAAUGUUGUUUGCUGUAAAUUCUUUCUUUUUUGACAAUAUGUUGUUGAAUAGUACACAAAGCAAUAAGCCAGACCAGUGCAGUAUGUGUUGGAUUGGAUUUCAUGA